GUAUCGCAAACGCGCAGGAUGUGUGGUUUUCAACGAGGCCGGGGAUUCUGUCCUACUUGUAAAUUCUCGUCGUCAUGGAGCGAUGACGCAUACCAUCCCUAGUGGAAAGGUAGAAGGUUUCGAUCAGUCGUUUGAAGCCGCAGCUGUCCGGGAGACUCUCGAAGAAGCUGGUGUGGUAUGUGCCGUCUUGGGUGACCUAGGUUGGGUCAAAUCGCAUGAUAAAAGCGGAAGCCCCAAGGCAACUCGUGUGUUUUACGGUCGAUGCGAUGAGGUCCUGGACAACUGGCGUGAAGAGCGAUUCCGCGACAGACUGUGGUGCUCGAUUCCUGAAGCUCUGGCUUUACUCGGUGACAAUCGGCCGCUCUACCAGAAGGCCGUCACAAUGGCACAUGAGGUUUACGUGAGCACUUUGGAUUUGCCUAAGGCCAGUUCGAGUUCUGUUGCUACGACCGCUUCGUUUUGCUCCUCGCAGAAUUGAACAACUGUUGAUCAUUUUCCUGUUACCCUCCAUCAUAUCGUGUUUCAUCCCUUUCAGUUCGUCGUUCCUUUUCUCUCUACUCUUCUACCGUAAUAGUAACAUACCAGUCAUUGCAUCGUUAACAAGUGUGAAACUGUCACGGUUCACCAACAAAUUUAGGGGGAAAAUUUUGUCACUAAUAGAAAGCACUAUGUUGGUUGUUAAAACCAUAUGUGUUUGUUUCUGUGAAAGCCUCAAAGAAGUUUUCGCAGAGAUGUCGUCGAUCGGUGCUCACGCGUGCAUAUUUUCACCCAUUCAGUAGGUUUACUGCUGACCACCGCACUUAUAACUUUGUAGUUGAUAUUAUGUACCAUCAUCAUCAGUCUGCUAUCAUCAAACACAAGU